AUGGGCUUCACCGAGAAUGGUUCACCCACUUUUCUUUCUUCAAGCAACCCUUGCCUCGAUUUCUUCUUUCACGUGGUACCCAACACUCCACCUCACACUUUGAUCCAGAGACUUCAAGCUGCAUGGGCCCACAACCCGUUGACUACCCUCAAACUUAUCUGUAAUCUAAGAGGUGUACGUGGCACCGACAAGUCCAACAAGGAAGGCUUCUACACGGCUGCGCUUUGGCUACAUUCGCUCCACCCCAAGACCUUAGCUUGCAACAUGGCAUCGUUUGAGGAUUUCGGGUAUUUUAAGGAUCUCCUUGAUAUAAUCUACCGACUUAUAGAGGGCCUGGACGUGAGGAAAAUACAAAAAGCUGAGUGGAUGCAGAGGAAGGGAAACGGAAGAAGAAAGUCUUAGGAAAAACAUGGCUAUAGAGUCAAUCGUAGAGGAUUCUGCAAACAAGGAAACAAAAAAUCGUUGAUUCUAAAACAUAUACUAGUCAAGAACGCAAAGGAAAGGAACAGAAUUGAGAAAGAAAAAGCGAGCAAGUUAAGAAAAGAAAAACGAUUUUGGAUGGCAAAGAAAGUCGUGGAGAGAUAUUCACAUGAUCCGAAUUUUCGGUUCUUGUACGACCGCGUUUCAGAUCAUUUCGUGGAGUGUUUGAAAAAUUUUUAUGAAGCUGGUGAGUUUAGGAAAGUGAGUCUAGCCGCUAAGUGGUGCCCCUCUAUUGACUCAUCGUUUGAUCGAUCGACGUUGAUUUGCGAGAGUAUCGCAAGAAAAGUUUUUCCCAGAGAGUCUUAUCCUGAAUAUGAAGGGAUCGAAUAGGCUCAUUACGCUUAUAGAGUUCGUGAUCGGUUGAGAAAACAAGUGUUGGUGCCACUGAGGAAGGUUCUUGAAUUGCCAGAAGUGUACAUAGGUGCAAAUAGAUGGGACUCGAUACCGUACAAUAGGGUAGCUUCUGUGGCCAUGAAGUUUUAUAAAGAGAAGUUCUUGAAACAUGACCAAGAACGAUUCAGUAAAUACUUGGAAGAAGUAAAAUCUGGGAAAGCGAAAAUUGCAGCGGGUGCAUUGCUUCCGCAUGAGAUCAUAGCCUCUUUGGACGAUCUUGACGGUGGACAAGUGGCAGAGCUUCAGUGGAAGAGAAUGGUGGAUGAUUUGUUGAAGAAGGGCAAGUUGAGGAACUGUUUAGCGGUAAGUGACGUCUCAGGCAGCAUGACAGGAAGACCGAUGGAGGUGUCAGUAGCAUUGGGUGUUCUGGUUUCUGAGUUAAGUGAAGAGCCAUGGAAGGGAAAAAUAAUUACUUUCAGUGAAAACCCGGAGCUUCAAAUGGUGGAAGGAGAUGAUCUGAAAUCCAAAACAGAGUUUGUGAGGAACAUGAACUGGGGUGCUAAUACUGAUUUUCAGAAAGUGUUUGAUUUGAUAUUAAAAGUGGCUGUGAAUGGGAACUUAAAACCACAACAGAUGAUAAAAAGACUGUUCGUGUUUAGUGAUAUGGAAUUUGAUCAAGCUGGGAUCAAUCCUUGGGAAACAGAUUAUCAAAUUAUUGAAAGAAAGUACACAGAGAAGGGAUACGGGUCGGUGGUGCCGGAGAUAGUGUUUUGGAAUUUAAGAGACUCUAGAGGUACACCGGUGGCUGCAACACAGAAAGGGGUUGCGCUUGUGAGUGGAUUCUCAAAAAAUUUGCUGACAUUAUUCUUUGACAAUGAUGGAGCCAUUGACACGGAGCUUACAAUGGAAGCUGCCAUCUCUGGAGAAGAGUAUGAGAAACUAGUUGUCGUGGACUGA